AUAAUUUCAUUAUAUCGUUAUAAAUUUCACAGAACGUGGGAAAUCCCCGCGUUAUAUGGGGGAAAACACGUUAUACAGAGACAUGAAAUUGCAUAGUAUGAAAACGCGUUAUAAGAGUACCGUGUUAAAUGGGGAAUCACUGUACUUUGUCUUUUGUAUGUACAAUCAGAAAAAGAGAAAUAAAUUUUUUUUUUCAUCGGUAUUGAAUCCGGAUUAUCGACGGACCGAAUUUUUGACGGCAGACAUGUUACUUGUAGUUGUAUAACUGUUUUAAAGGCAGCUCUGUAUAUGGUAUGUGUUAUGUUACAGCCAAAGGAAUAGACAUCGACGUUCUUGCAGAACUGACCAUCAACGAUAUUGAUCAUUUAAUUGCUGCAGAACAAUUCGGUCUACGAAUUAAAUUUAGAAAAAAGCUUUUUGUAUGGAAACAACUCAACGGAUUAACAACACCCCUAGCAAGUACAAUUACUGCAUCGAAUUCAUCAUCAUCAACAGUAAAUAAUUGGAUAAAUGCUAAUAUAAUAGAUACAGAUGGAAAUGGUAAUCCUGAAAAUCAACCGAUCUUUAAGUUAGAAAAUCUCUUAUUAAAAUCGGUUAGUGGUCAGUUAAUUUUAUCAGAAUAUAAAGUUAGUGGAUUAAGUUCGAAAAAUCGAAAUAUCCUUACCACGAUAAUCGUGGAGGAUUGGUUAGCGAGUGACACAUCUGUAGAUCGCCAAUUGUGCCAAAAUGUCGCAAAGGAAAUAAAAAACCUAUUCCCAUUAGAAUGUGAGGUAACGUAUUUGGGUACCAAAAAACAACGGGGAAAACUAAUAGAAAAAUAUUAUUCCCUUCGAAAGAAGUAUAAGCAUUCACUUUCUAUUGGACAGAAAAGAAAAACAGGAAACGUUACUGAUGCCUCUAACGAAGCAGAUACUGAUGAAGAGACGUUUGACAUAAAUACAUUUAGCGAUUAUGAAUGGUUAAAAAACAACUACUCCCCAAACGAUAUAGUGUUUGAAAAGUGGAUAAGCACGUUUAAUGUUCGACAAAAAGACGUUCGUGACAAAUCAAUAGAUGUUUUUACAAAAUGGCCUAUUUUAAAACAAAACAUUGCUGUAGCACUGAUUGAAUUAGAUUUUGAAAAAUUGCAUCCAAAGCGAAACACACUAUUAUUUUCCAAGUGGACAAUAUUUGAAACCCUUAUAAAAAAUAUAUACCAUAGAGAUAUAAAAGAUAAAAAAUCUCGCACACUUUUCAAUUUAUUACAGUCAUCUAACUUAAAUGAAGAUUCAAAAAAUUACCUCUUAAUUAUAAAUCUGAAUGCCAUACUUAUUCCUGCUAUAAUUAAAACUGGACAAGACAUUUACAGACCAACAAUACUAGAUGGCCAAGAAAGUUUCGCCUAUCAUUUAAAGGACAAGAGCUUCAUACAAAGUUUUAUUAAGAAUAGAAAGGAAGUUUAUGAAAAGAACCACUGGACGUUACAACCAUUGAUAUUAGGAAUAGGCAAAACAAUUGAAAGUUUAGAAUGCUUUUAUAUAUACGUUAAUGACAUAUUAUAUGAAGUUGAAUCCUUUUUAAAGGCAGUUUCUGUCACAUUUCAAUUAUAUAUCGCCUUCAAUUUGGAAUACCCUAAACAAAGUGUACAAGUGUGGAAAUUUAUUGAAGAGUAUUUUUAUGAAUUAAAUUUGCCAAAUAAACCAAAGAAAAGUAGUACUGCUCGAACUGCACUAAUUUCUGAACUCAUAAACCAACAAGCGACGUUAAAACGUACACAAAUCACCUAAAAAUUAAACAUAAAUGUAAAAAUGUACUUUCAAAGUUUAUAUGUACAGUUUGUCCGCAAUCGUUUCAAUGCAUUUAUUCAUUUAAGAGACAUAUCACCAAACAUUUAUUAAUGAAUUUGCAACGUAGCAAUACGAAUUCGUUAAUACAUGUAAAUGAACAUCAGAGAAUAUCCUAUAAUAUACAACAGACUGAUAAAAUUACUGUUUGUCCACCUAAUGCCACAAAUGAUGUGUCUGUUACUGCACUUAUUGUAAAAGAUGAAGCAGACUUAACUAAACUGCACAAUAAAAUUACAACAUUUUUCUUAGAGUUACUUGGAACUAUGUCACUUCCUAGAAAUGUAGUUUUUGAUAUUUCUAACAAAAUAUAUCACUUAAUUAUUGAACCGUUAUUCGAGGUCAUUAAAAAAGAUCUCAAGACACUUUAUAAUGAUACAAUAGCUACUACAUUUUUAUAUGUUCAGAAAAUAUUUGAACAACAUAAAUCAGAGUAUAAAUUAAAACAAUAUCUGAUUAACACUGAUUUAUAUUCAGAACCAAUAGAAUAUACUAUAAAUAAUAGUUCCAAUAUUAAUUCAUUAUCUACGGUUUCUAAAGGUAUUAUAUUUCCAGGUAUUAUUUUCCAUUUAAAGACAAUGUUAGAAGAUAUUUAGAAUUGCCAGGUAUUUUUACCAUGAUGCUAAAAAAUUUUGAGGUAAUAAAAAAGUCGGCUACUUAUAUUAGCGUUUGUAGCGGUAGUGUAUGGAAAAAGAAAUCGGAAGCUUUUUCUUCUGGCGAGCUUAUAUUACCCUAUUUGCUUUAUCAGGAUGAUUUUGAAAUCAACAAUCCCUUAGGUUCGAAGUCGGGAGUUCAAAAAUUAUCCGCAAUAUAUUUGUCUUUUCCACUAUUAAGCACACAAUAUGCGUCAAAACUGUAGUAUACUUAUUGUUUGUUUAACAAAAACAAGUGCCUUAAAAUUUGGUCUGGAGCAAAAUUUUGAAAAUUUAUGUUUGGUUCUGAAACAGUUAGAGGAAGAUGGCAUUGAAAUUACGUUCGAAUCAAAGCCAAUUCGUGUGUAUCUAGUACUAGCUGCCUUAAUUGGAGAUAAUUUAGCACUUAAUACUAUGUUAGGAUACACUAGAUCUUUUACAGCAAAUUAUUUUUGCAGAAUCUGUAAGUGUCACAAAGAUAUAUUGCGAACUCAAGUACUAGAGGACACAAAAUCUAUGCGAUCUCGUGCCAACUAUUGGCAAGAUAUUUUCACUAAUGAUAGUUCAGUAACUGGGAUACGAGAAUCAUGUAUUUUUGAAAAAUUAUCAACUUUUAAUACUAUAGAUAAUAUUUCCGUAGAUAUUAUGCAUGAU